AUGACCGACGCAGAACGCUUACCUGCUCUUCCAACUGCACCCACGACAACUCCAUCGCAACACCUUAUGCGUAUGACUUCUCCAUCUGAUAUGGAUUUGACAAAAAUUCAACCUGUAUCAAACCCACCAGGUGCAAUUGUAGCGACGCAGCAACUGUGUGAUAAUAAUCGUCUCAAACUUUGUGAUGUGGCGGUCACCAAUGACCCAAAUUCAAACGACAACGACACAAAAGGUGUUCCAGGUCGCGCUUCUGACAAGGGUGGCGAUGAUAGCGAACCCGGAAGUUAG